GACACCCAGCAUUGAGGAGCUGAAAGGUGGACGGUAUAUAACACAUUGAGAGAGAAGCAUCGGAUCCAGAAGGAAGAUUCAACGACAGUCGAGAAGAUCUCAGAUAACCAACUGGAAACAGGCCAGAAGUUUCUGGAACAAACCGGAUCAACAGAGGCAUCCAGCAUGCGGGCCCUGGUGGUGUUCCCCCUGCUGUUGUGUGCAGCGGUGUGUGUGGUCCAGGUGGGAGCAGAGGUGAAGGCGGUGAAGCUAUGUGGGCGGGAGUUCCUGAGGGCCGUCGUUUACACCUGCGGAGGAUCCCGUUGGAGGAGAUUCCCCGUCGAGUCGGACACGGAUGGUUUGCCCACAGGGGAGCAGAGCAGUUUGGAGAGCACCACCCCAGGCUCCCAGAUGAGCAGACGAGAUAUUAACAACAUACUGACCACGGUGUGCUGCCAGGUGGGCUGCAGGAAGAGCGACCUCACCUUCCUCUGCUGAGGCUGACCCCCCCCCAUCCAAUGACUUCUCUCUCCAAUAUCCCCCCCAGAGAUUGAUCUGAUUCUCAAUGCUGAAGGCUUGAAAACACAUGAUCACUGUAUUGUAUUUAAAGUAAUGCUCCAACCCAUACAACCCUGUCUCUAAUUGCUUUUAAAAAUGAUGUUUGGUGAGUUGUUACUUUAACUUGUGAUUGUAGGCGUGAAUGUGUGGAUCACGUCGGUCUCUGAGCCCCAUGUGGAGGUCACAUGCAGCCACACAGACGUGUUCUAUUGUGAUAUGAA